AUGCCUCACGCAUCAUCAGAAGAGACCGUACCAGCGAGUAUUACUCGAAAGCUGGCCGAAUUCGUACACCAAACGACAUGGGACGACAUCCAACCCAUCCGCAAUGUCCUCGAGUGCGGCCUCUUGGACUACAUCGGGCUUGCCUCAUACGCGGUCGAUCACGUCGCCUCAAGCCCGGUCUUCAUUGAGGCGGUGAACAACCUGUCCGCCACGGGGCCAGGGUCUGUCCUGGGCCUCUCCCGCAGGUACCAGGCGCAAUACAGUGCCCUGCUGAACGGGACCUUGGUGCACUCGAUGGACUGGGACGACACGAACAGCGUCGCGUCUCUGCAUCCGGGCGCCUCUGCCAUCUCUGCUGCCCUCGCUCAAGCUGAGCUGGAGAUGAGUGCCGCCGCCCCCGGGGGUGGCCGCAAGGUGACGGGACACGAGUUCCUCACCGCCGUGGCCGUGGGGUACGAGGUGACAUGCCGGCUGGGACGGUCGAUCAGCGACGUGCUGCACCGGGUCGGCUUCCACCCGACGUGUGUGGCCGGGGUGUUUGGCGCCGCCGCCACGGCCGGGAAACUCGCGGGCUUCGACGCCGGCCAGAUCGAGCACCUGUUUGGGGUGGUCGGGAGCAUGGCCAGCGGGUCGCUGCAGUGCUUCGAGAACGGCGGCUGGAACAAGCGCUUCCACCCGGGCAUCGCGGCGCACAACGCGCUGCUGGGCGUGCAGUUCGUCAAGGCCGGCAUGGUGGGCGCAGCCAGGGCCAUCGACGGGAAGCGCGGCCUGCUCUACGCGUACGCCCGCCUGCCGGAGCCGGACCUGCACAUCGUCGACGCCCUGAGCUCCUUCUGGGAGACGUCCAACACGGCCAUCAAGCCGUACCCGUCGUGCCGUCUGACGCACGGCCCCAUCGAGGCGGCCUACGAGCUGCGCAAACACUUCCUCCCGGACCUCGACUCGGCACUGCCGCUCGACGACACCACCAUCGAGGUCACCGUGGGCAGCAAGGCGUUCCAGGGCGUCGGCAGCACGGCUCCGAACAAGAUCCGCCCGACCAACAUCGUCGAGGGCCAGUUCAGCCUGUACUUCCAGUUCGCGGUGGCCUGGCUGCACGGGCGCAACACGUGGGACUCGUACCGGCUGCUGCAGGACGAGAAGGUGCUGGCGCUGUGCCGGCGCAUCACGGUGCGGGUCGACGACGACCUCCGCGACGGCUCGCUGGUCACCGUGGCCCGCAUCGGCGACCGGGCCGUCAAGAUCGAGCACCCGCUCGGCGAGCCCGGGAACCCCAUCGGCCUGCCCGAGGUCGAGGCCAAGUUCCUGCCCAUGGCCGAGAAGGUCUACGGCGUCCAGGGGGCCAGGGACAUCUUGACCCUGUUCCACGACCUGGAGAACCAGGACGAUCUGAGCGUCUUCACGAGGGCUCUUAGGACCUAA